AUUCCAGCCAAUGGCAUUGUCUUUGAUAAACACUAUCGGAAUUCUCGCAAGCGCAACAUUCACUUCCGGUGCAAUGGAUGAUGCUGACAAAAUGCAGACCACACAAACAGAUAAUGCUUUUACUGAUGUGGUUUGGAAAUCAAUAUCUCUAACCCAUGUAGAAUAUCCAAAAGGUGACUUUGUUGGAUAUAUUCUAGCUUGGUGCAGCCUUUUACCAAUUUUUUCAAUCAUUGGAUUUAUCACAUUGAUUUUAUUUAGAAGAGAUUUACAUACUAUUUCCUAUUUUACUGGUCUCCUGCUGAAUGAAGCAUGUAACUGGAUUCUAAAGCAUAUGAUCAGAGAGCAUAGACCUCUAAGAGAUCGAGCUGUACUCUUCACAGAGUAUGGGAUGCCAUCCAGUCAUGCUCAGUUUGCAUGGUUUUUCUCAACGUACAUGGUGUUCUUCUUAUUUAUACGAGUUUAUAGAAAUCACAGUUUGAUGGAUGAUAUAUGGAAAUAUCUAGUCAGUAUUGUAUGCUUCACUUUAUCUUCAGCAGUUCUAUAUAGUAGAGUGUACCUAGGCUAUCACACAUUUGGACAGGUGUCAUGUGGGGCAUUACUAGGGAUUUUCCUGGGAGCUCUGUGGUUCGCUGUAGUACAACUAAUAUUAACACCCUGUUUUCCUCAUUUAGCCUCUCAUCCUGUGGGAGAAUUUUUAAUGCUAAGAGAUUCUACAUUAAUUCCACAUGUUAUGUGGUUUGAAUAUACAUCAUCUAGAUCAGAAGCUAGGAAUAGACAAAGGAAAGUGACUGGUCGUAAAUCUCAGUGACCUUGGUGACAGGUAGCUGGUCUGGUUGUGGAUCCUCCUCAGCAUUGCAAGAGUGUCUCCCUCCAAAUCAAAAGUAUCUGGUUGGCUGAAUGUGAGCCUAUCAGGAAUUUCCCAGGAUUCCUUGUGCUGGGAAUCUCCCAUGAGCCUUUAAAACAUUAGAUCAGAGAAUGUCGUGUGUAAUAUUCAGUGUAGGUUUCAGAACUUGGAAAUGAUGAAAGAAAGAUAAGCCUGAGUAAUCUAUAUUGAUUGCUAAAUUAAGCUUGUUUGUGACAAAUAGAAAAAGCAGGAGGGAGAGAUGUAAUGUGACGGAUCUAACAUUGUGCUGAAUCUAAAUCCUGUUUAUUUAAGAUAAUGAAGUAGAUAGAUGUGUGUGAGACUGUGUUGUAAUGUCGGUACAUGUCUUGUAUUUUAAUUAGCUGUACUAAAUACAGUUUAGUGAAGGUUGGCAUUUAUAUGUCGUAAAUAAUUUAAUCAAAAUGACUGUUUAAAUUGUUAUAACUAUACUUGUACUUUAAUGUAUAUUUUUAUCUAGGAAAUCUAUUAAUUGCAUUAAAAAGUUGAACACAUUUAAAUAUUUUAGAUGUCCUUGUAAUGCUGUUGUCUGUGAUUAAUGUCACGGUUACAAAUGAAGAUUUGAUAAAUUAUAUGCAUGUUUGGUUCUAAAGUACGAGUAAUGGUAAUUAAAAAAUCUUAAGAUUAGGAAAUAUAGAGAACUUUGAAGCAAAGUACAUGAAUUAAAAAAUUUCUUUUAAUGAGAAAUAAUUCCCGAAAAGUUUUUUUUUUAUGUCAAGUCAAUAGAUGGUGUAGAUUUAACAACAGUGCAUAAAAGUUGGGUAAAUUUAACAAAGGUUUAUUGCUAUGCAGAGAUAUGGGCAAAAAUGAGGAUCAGAUAUAAGGCUUAAUUGUGUCUUUUCCCCCUAAAAACUAACUUUGAAAUUGUCUUAUUUAUAGAGUUUAGCAUACUUUGACAUCACUGAUUGUGGGGUUUAAUUUUUGUGGUUGGAGAGACCUAUAGAUUCAAGUCCCCAUCAAAAUAUAAAAUUUCAUACAUUUAACAACUG